CAAUUUUCAAUUCUGAGACAACUUUAUUAAUAGAUGGUUGCAGCUCAGGUCAGUUAGUGAAUAAAUAAAAAGGUUUAUUCAUUAAUCUGGAUAUAAGCAAUUAUUACCCAAAACGGAGUUGAUGAGCAGUCUUGAAUGCGUCUUGACAGUCGAUGUUUACUUCGCGAUGGUGACUGUAGUGGAGCUGCUGAGUCUGCUGCUGGUGUCGGUGCUGUGGGGCUGCACCAACCCCUUCCUGAAGAGAGGCACGGAGGGGAUGGAGAGAGUCCAACACGACAACAGAGUCUCACAGCUCCUGGCUGAGGUCAAGUUUCUUUUCCUGAACCUCAAGUACCUGGUCCCCUUUCUCCUGAACCAGAGUGGCUCUUUGGUCUACUAUUAUACACUGUCCACCACAGAGUUAUCGCUCGCCGUUCCGGUGGCCAACUCUCUCACCUUCCUUUGCACGCUGUUCACUGGCAAGUUACUGGGUGAAGAGUUCGGAGGCAAACAGGCUGUCGCAGGAAUGUUCCUCACCAUGGCUGGCAUCACUCUGUGUGUUAUAAGCUCCAUUGAUGGCACAGAGAAGCAGAAUAUGACCCAGGCUGCACACUGAUGGAGAUGAUUAUUAAAACAAAUUCUCCUAUACCUUUUAAGUGAUUCCUCAGCCAGGGAGGAAAGAUGGCCAAAGCAGAGUCGGAUCAGGACUAGAGGGGGUCAUUUAGAUUCAGACAGUGACUCCUUAGAGUAACGGCUCUGGUUUAAAUUAAGUCAGUGUGAAAGUCAAAAGACCUGUCCAGAAACCCUUACAGCAAGUUAAAGGGAAAGUGGGUUCAUGUAGGGUUCACUUAAAGGCCAGACUGGAUUUAUGGUGUCUGCAUACAAGUUGGUGGUUGUUAAAUUUUACGUAUAAGUUCUCAGCUGCACCACCAUGUAACUGGCAUCUGCAUAAAUGCUUUAGAGAUCACAUACAAAUAAGGCUGGGGUUUGAAAUGGACCAGUUAGAUCUGACCUCUUGGUUUAACGUAGACAUUUUAGUGCGGCGGCCUGCUUUCCACUGUGCUGUGUGUGUGUUUGGGGAAGAGCAGGACACAGGAGAGGACAAAUUGCUGUUAAACUCGAAGAUAAAUCUGUUUUUCAUUCACUGUACUAGAUGUUCCCUGCUGCCUUGUAUGUAAUGUAUUACUGUGAUAGAUAUGUCACUGUUAUUUUGCUCUUUGUGAAGGAAGAUUAACAAGGAUGUAGUUCUUUAUACAGUAGUACCGUGUUGUGUUCUCUGUAAAUGUGUCCGAACCAGUUGCACAGAUUUCAGGAAUAACGGAAAUGCACAUAGUAAUAUAUAUUUUUAUUGUAUAGUAUUGAAUAGACACAAAACACUGUACAUAAAACGUUGUUAUUGUUGUAUCUAUUCAGCUUGUGACGUGGCUGAUGUUUUGUUAAUAAAUUGUUGGCAAAACACGAUGAUCUCCAUCACUGAUUUCUGCAGAUCAGAAAUACAUUUAGGCUUAAAAUAUACCAAAAACAUUGUUUCUUAUGUACAUAUUGUAUAUUUAAUUUUCUGCAUCAUUGAACAUAUACUCAAUAUCUGCAUCA